CUCCCGCUGCUCUCGGUGCAUCAUCCCCAGGAUCGGCGUGUACACAGAGCGGAGGACAUGCGGCUCUCCCGGGCCCCCCCGCCGCCUGCCCGUCCGGGUGACCCCUCCGUGCUCCGGGCACUGUGAUCUCACCCGCUGCUCCCGGGACGAUGUGGACCCCAACGGAGGAGGAGAAAUACGGAGUGGUCAUAUCGAAUUUCCGUGGGUCAGUCCUUCAAGGGUUAACUCUGGAACUGGGAGAAACUGUGCAUAUCCUGGAGAAAUGUGAUGGUUGGUACCGAGGAUCCUCUAUCAAAAACCCCAAUGCAAAGGGAAUCUUCCCGGCCAAUAUCAUCCACCUGAAGAAGGCCACAGUCAGCAACAGAGGGCAGUAUGAAACCGUGGUUCCUGUGGAAGACCCUCUCGUCACAGAGGUGACGUCCACGCUGCAAGAAUGGACGUCUCUGUGGAAGCAGCUGUACGUGAAGCACAAGGUGGACCUCUUCUACAAGCUGCGGCAUGUGAUGAACGAGGUGAUUGACCUGCGCAGGCAGCUACUGUCCGGCCACCUCACCCAGGACCAGGUGCGCGAGGUCAAGAGGCAUGUCACCGUGCGGCUGGACUGGGGCAAUGAACACCUGGGUUUGGACUUAGUUCCCCGCAAGGAGUUUGAAGCCGUAGAUUCCGACAAGAUCAGCGUCUCUGACCUAUACAAGAUGCAUCUGUCAAGUCGACACAGUGUACAGCAGAGCACGAAUCAGGUGGAUACCCUAAGGCAGAGGCACAAGGAACCUCGCGCCCCGGUCCCUCACCACCUGCUCCUCAAUCUGAAGAGCUUCACACACAGCAACAUCGGGGAGGACGUGGACCUCUUCUUCUCACUGUACGACAUGAGGGAGGCUCGUCAGAUCAGUGAGAGGUUCAUGGUCCGACUCAACAAGAACGGAGGCCCCAGGAACCCGGAGAAGCUGGAGCGGCUCAGCGCCCUCUUCACCGAUUUGAGCAGUAAGGACGUGAAGCGCGACCUCCACCUUGUCGUCCAUGUAAUCAGGAUAGGGCGAAUGCUUCUAAACGACUCCCGGAAAGGUCCCUCUCACAUCCAUUACCGGAGACCCUACGGAUGCGCUGUGCUGAGCCUGGGGGAAGUGCUGCCGGCGCUGUGCGAACAUCGGGACGAGAAGGACUUUGUCAUGAAGGUUUAUAUGUGUAAUAAUGAGAAUGAGUGGUACCAGAUCCAUGAGAACAUCAUCCGGAAGACCAGCACCAAGUACUCCACACCCAGCUCCAACUAUGGUCUCAUCGUGUCGUUACAACUCCUGCGAGGGGACAUGGAGCAGAUCCGCCGAGAAAACCAGCUGCUGUUUAACAGAGGGGCGGCCGUCACCCGCAAACUGGGGUUCCCUGAUGUCAUCAUGCCAGGGGAUGUGCGCAAUGACCUCUAUGUGACUCUGGAGAGGGGCGACUUUGAGAGAGGAGGAAAGAGCGUGCAGAAGAACAUCGAGGUCACCAUGCACGUGCUCUACGCUGACGGAGAGAACCUGAGGGACUGUGUCAGCCUGGGCACCGGGGAGCCCCCACGUACGCAGUACCACUCGUUCGUCCUUUACCACAGCAACAGCCCCCGGUGGGGGGAGCUUGUAAAACUGCCCAUCCCCAUUGACAGAUUCCGGGGUUCCCAUCUACGCUUUGAGUUCCGGCAUUGCUCCACAAAGGACAAAGGGGAGAAGAAGCUCUUUGGUUUUUCCUUCACUCCACUGAUGAGAGACGACGGGACAACACUGUCCGAUGACAUCCACGAGCUUUACGUCUACAAGUGUGAUGAGAACAGCACCUUCAAUAACCAUGCGCUCUACCUGGGGCUUCCCUGCUGCAAAGAAGACCAGAGCGGCUGCCCCAACAUCCCAUCUAGCCUCAUAUUCCAGCGCAGCCCAAAGGAGACGUUCUGCAUCUCAACACAGCUCUCCUCAACCAAGCUCACACAGAAUGUUGACCUUCUGGCUCUUCUGAAGUGGAAAGCAUACCCAGAUCGGAUCCUGGACAUUCUUGGCCGCCUGCGGCAUGUGAGCGGGGAGGAGAUAGUGAAGUUUCUGCAGGACAUACUGGACACACUCUUUGUCAUCCUGGAUGAUAACACAGAGAAGUAUGGACUACUCGUCUUCCAGUCCCUGGUCUUCAUCAUUAAUCUGCUGCGGGACAGUAAAUAUUUCCACUUCCGGCCGGUGCUGGACACGUACAUACAGAAGCAUUUUGCUGGAGCCCUGGCCUACAGGGAGCUGAUCCGAUGCUUGAAGUGGUACAUGGAGCGGUCAGCGGACCUCGUGAGGCAGGACCACAUCCAGGAGGCCAUGAGGGCGCUGGAGAAUCUCUUUAAGUUCAUCGUCCAGUCUCGCCUGCUCUUUGCUCGCUCCACAGGCGGCCUGGAGGAAGAGCAGUUCCGCUGCAGCAUCCAUGAGUUGUUCCAGUCGAUGCGGUUUGUGCUGAGUUUGGACACACGAAGCUCUGAUACGCUGCUCUUCACACAGGCCGCCCUCCUCAGCUCCUUUCCCGCCAUCUUUGAGGAGUUGCUGGCCAUGUUCUCAGUGACGGAGGUGGCGGAGUUUGUACGCGGCACGCUCAGCAGUCUGCCCAGCACCCUGCAUCUGGGCCAGUCCAUGGACGUGGUGAAGUUACAGUCAAUUGGGCGGACGGUGGAUUGCCGGCUCUUCUCAUACCCAGAGGCUCGCCGUAUUCUCCUACCCGUUGUGCUGCACCACAUCCACCUCCACCUGCGCCAGCAGAAAGAGCUCCUCGUCUGCUCCGGGAUACUCAGCAGUAUUUUCUCUAUCAUCAAAAGCAGCUCCACGGAGGUGGACGUGGGGGAAGAGGUGCAGAUGUUACAGGAGAGUCUGCUGGACGUCCUGCUGCAGACUCUGCUCAUUAUAAUGAGUAAAUCUCAGUCCCAGGAGGCGGUAAGAGGCCAGCGCUGCCCGCAGUGUACAGCCGAGAUCACUGGGGAGUAUGUGUCCUGUCUCCUUUCUCUGCUGCGCCUGAUGUCCGACACUCACUACCAGCAUCUGCUGCACAACUUCCAGAGCAAAGAGGAGCUCAAGGAAUUCCUGCUCAAAAUUUUUUGCGUCUUUCGGAACUUGCUGAAGCUGAGCGUCUUCCCUCCAGACUGGACGGUGAUGAGACUUCUGGCCAGCAACAUCAUUGUAACGACCGUUCAGUACGUCUGCCCCGCCGUGCACAAGAAUUUCUGUGAAGAGGAUUUUGACUUUAAGAUGUGGAACUCGUACUUCAGCCUGGCCGUCCUGUUCAUUAACCAGCCCAGUCUGCAGCUGGAGAACUUCGCAGCAGGGAAGAGGCGGAGGGUCCUGGAUAAGUACGGUGAUAUGCGGGUCAUGAUGACGUACGAGCUGUUUAACAUGUGGCAGAACCUGGGGGAGCACAAGUUCCACUUCAUACCCGCCAUGAUCGGCCCCUUCCUGGGGGUGUCGCUCGUCCCGCAGCCUGAGGUGCGCAACAUCAUGAUCCCCAUCUUUCACGACAUGAUGGACUGUGAACAGCGGCGCAACGGGAACUUCAAGCAGGUGGAGGCCGAGCUCAUCGAUAAACUGGACUCCCUGGUAUCCGAGGGGAAAGGCGACGAAAACUACCGGGAACUCUUCAGCCUCCUUUUGUUGGAGAAGAUUGAGCAGGAGACGUGGCGAGAGCCAGGCGCCUCCUUCGUGACCUCCGUAACGCGCCUCAUGGAGAGACUGCUGGACUACAGGGACUGCAUGAAAGGUGAAGAGACUGAGAAUAAGAAGAUCGGCUGCACGGUGAAUCUGAUGAAUUUCUACAAAUCGGAAAUCAAUAAGGAGGAGAUGUACAUGCGAUACAUCCACAAGCUCUGCGACUUGCAUCUACAGGCCGAGAGCUACACAGAAGCCGCCUUCACUCUGCUCCUGUACUGGGAGACGCUGCAGUGGGAAGAUCGCUCCCUACGGGAGUUCCUCCAUUAUCCCACCCAGAGCGAGUGGCAGAGGAAAGAAAGUCUGAGCCGCAAAAUCAUUCACUACUUCAACAAGGGCAAGUGCUGGGAGUACGGGAUCCCUCUGUGCAGGGAGCUGGCGGCUCAGUACGAGAAGCUGUAUGAUUACCAGAGCCUGAGCUGGAUCCUGAAAAUGGAGGCCUCGUACUACGACCACAUCAUGGACCAACAGAGACUGGAGCCCGAGUUUUUCCGAGUGGGAUUUUAUGGAAAGAAGUUUCCGUUUUUCUUGCGGAAUAAAGAGUUUGUGUGCCGGGGCCACGACUACGAGCGGCUGGAGGCCUUCCAGCAGAGGAUGCUGAGCGAGUUCCCGCAGGCUAUAGCCAUGCAGCAUCUCAACCACCCCGACGACACCAUCCUGCAGAGCGACUCUCAGUACCUGCAGAUUUAUGCAGUCACCCCUCUACCGGACACCCCCAGAGUAUUAAACAUGGACCAGGUUCCCGAGAGGAUAAAGAGUUUCUACAGAGUAAACAACGUGCGCAGGUUCCGGUACGACCGACCGUUCCACCGAGGAGCCCGCGAUAAGGACAAUGAGUUUAAGAGUCUUUGGAUAGAGCGCAGCACUCUCACACUGUCUCACAGCCUCCCAGGAAUCUCCUGUUGGUUUGAAGUCCAGAAGCGAGAGCUGGUGGAGGUCAGCCCCCUGGAGAACGCUCUGCAGGUUCUGGGGAACAAGACUCAGGAGUUGCGAGCGCUGAUCACUCAGUAUCAGCACCACAAUCUGCACGGGAACAUCAACCUCCUGAGUAUGUGUCUGAACGGAGUCAUUGACGCUGCCGUGAACGGAGGGAUCACCCGAUACCAAGAGGCGUUUUUUGAUAAGGAUUACAUCACGCAGCACCCGGAGGAUGCGGACAAGAUCAGUCAGCUGAAGGAACUCAUGCUGGAGCAGGUGCAUGUCCUGGGAGUGGGUCUGGCCGUCCAUGAGCGCUGCGUUCACCCGGAGAUGAGACCUCUUCACAAGAAGCUGGUGGAUCAGUUCCAGGUCAUGCGCUCCAGUCUGUACCAGGAGUUCCCCAUGCUGGAGAAGAUGAAUCCGUCCUGUGCAGCCGUACCGCGCAGUAACGUCCUGCUGUCACACGGGGCCAUGAAUAACGACAGCUUGAGGAUGGUGCACCGGCACAGCCCUCUGGUUGUCCUGAGUUCUGUCCGCCAUUCCUCCUCCUCUCUCUCGUCACACGCCUCCAGCGACACUGGGACCACGACCACCGCUGUGGACAGCGAGACGGAGGACCCCUACAGCAUGCAGAUGCUGCUCCCACAUUCCCUCCACGCCGGAUCCAUCACCAACGUUUCUGCAUUAUCCUCCUCGUACACAAGCCCCUCCUCCUCCAGCCUCAGCUCCACCCACUCUGCGCCAUCACAGCUCAUCAACUCUGCUCCAUCCAGCACACGAGGAUCCCCCUCCCUUCCGGAUAAAUACCGACAUUCACGUGACAUGGUGAUGCUGCUGCCUGCUCCGCGGGACCGGCCCAGCAGCGCCAUGUACCAGACCGGCCCAGAGAGCGGACAGCGCUGCGUCUACCCCCGGGCUCUGUUCCAGCAGGUCCUCGGACCAUGCAAGCCGUGCAGUGACCCCAAUCUCUCUGUAGCCGACAAAGUCCUGGCAGCUCCCAGCAGUUGGAGUUUGGACAGUGGAACGAGAGAGUCUCUUCCGUUCCUCAGUUCUCAUGUUGGGAGCGUCCUAACACCGACGGGCACCACGAGAGGCCUGACACAGGGCCAUUACUCUCUGCACUUUGAUGCAUUUCACCCCUCUAUGGGGGAUGGGGGUCCAGCAUUACCCAGCAGAUCCCUUCGCAAGAGCCCCCUGCACACUAUCCCGGCCUCGCCCACCAGCCCCCAGUCCUGUCUUGACGGCAGUAACUCUCCGCUCUCGGGCAGCGCCAGCAGUGGAGUUUCCUCCCUGAGUGAAGGCACCUUCCCCGGCUGUCCUGAUGGGACUCCCAGCACAGACUCCCGGACGGAGGAGCAGCAGAGCGGAUGUUAUCAGCACUACCCCCCUGUGCGGUACAGUCUAUCUGACCCCAACGGGCUGGAAGCCCCAAAGGUCCAACCUUGUCGAAGCCACUCAGCCCCCAGUGGGGUCACUCCACCCCGAUCACCCAGCGGUGAGCAUGACGAGGGAAAUGCAGAGCACAACCGGCUACGGAGGUCCAGGAGGAACUGCCACAUGGGCAAAGAGCAGGCAGCACGGGUCGGAUGGGAUCAUAACAUGGGCAAACCGUAGUCAUGGACUGAUGUGAAGGAGCCUGGGGGGCAAGGAGGAGGCGGGGGGGCUGUGCAUGGUGUGCGCAUGGAGGGGCAGGUGCCGUCAGUGAGGCCUGAUGUCUGCGGGUCAGGAAGAGGAGACACCAGUGUGAACGGAGUAUAGGUCAGUGUAUGGGAAAAAUAUAAGGGUGAGGGGUCAGUGU